AUGUACACUGUGGGGCUCCUAUUGCUAGGAAUUGUAUCAGUGUCGGUGAAGUGGAUGGUUCGUUCAGAGAAUGGGGGUCUCUUGAAUGUCAUAUUUCAAAUCAAGAGCCAAAAUCCAACUCACUUUCAACUUGCCCCAACAUCGGACUUUGAAUUUUACAAAAAUUUGAUUCUAUUCAAACCUCAAUCUCUCUCACUACUUGAUGCUAUUCCAGAGGAACUGGGGGGUGGGCAAAAGGGUGUGAAGCAUUCCCACGACAAUCCCAAUCUCGAGGCUAUUACUCUGUGGUUGACGAUCGGCUCUUUUUCGCUCCUUUGCAUUUCACUUUUCUUGGCGCUGAUGAGGCCUUGCUGUCGUAGUCACCAGGGGGAAGAGGAGGUGGACUCUGUGGAAUUGGCAAGACAAAGAAAUCAGUCCUCGAGAAAAAUUCUAAUUGGAGCAUCAAUUUGCAUCAUUCCUGGCCUACUAUGUCUCCUGUUCUUUUACUUCUCAAGUAUGAAUCUGCUGAUUGAGGCUCUGGGUACUAGCCCACGAAAUCAGACAAAUGGAUCAGAUUCCGUGUCUAUCGCCCUAUUUGAUCAAAAAUCCAAAGACUUAGCUGUUCAAGAAACAAUUAAGACCUUCAAAUUACCUUUAAUUCGUCAUCUGAUUCAAACAACAAUUGAUUCAUCCAGGAAUGUCACUGAUACAUCGGAAUGGCGUAGUAUGACAAAACUUUAUCUUGAAAUGGUAGCGUCUUCCUUAGAAUUCCGAAUUUCUAUCAAAAGCGUUUUGCAAAAUUUACAAAGCUGUAACAAUAACACCUGCAAGGCCACUCAGGCCAAUUUGAAGAGUCUAUAUAAGAAAGACGAGAUAUAUUAUAAUUCUUUAAGAGAUUUUCAACAGAAAAUCCAAAUUUUGGCAGAUGUUCAACAAAAAACUGUUACUUACUUAAGAGAAACAAAGAGAUCAAUAGGUGAACUCAAAAAAAAAUUAUAUCACAUUGUGAUCUCAACACUGGAUCAGGCUGCAGAAAAUCAGAUUAUACGUGAGUUAGAUAGGAAAUGGAAGAAUUUCAGUACCUAUGCAAAUACAACACUGCAGUAUGCAAAUACUCACGUGGUCAAUUCGAUUAAAUCUGACUUCAAAAAAUUUGUCCCACCUGCCAAAACCACCUUGUACUCCAUUGGAGUACUUUUAGUGCUUACACUGUUGGUGUUCAUUGGUUUGGUAGUGAAUUCAAUUACACAGGCCUCACGAAUUCACAACGAGUCAGAAAAUGGACUCUAUUCAGAGACUGGAAAACAUGGUUGUUGUGUGGUCUACUGCCUUUCUGUGCUAUUUCUUCUGAUGAGUGUAGCAGUAUCCGUUGUGGUUGGCAUGAGUCUUUUCGGAUUGGGUGUGCUUUUAGGUGAAGGUUGUACGUACAUCAUGAAAGAAACAGGGUAUAACAAAACCGACCACAUAUUGAACGGACUUGGAGAAGACUACUGGGAGACACUAUUGAUGAAGUACUCGGACAAGUGGCUGAAUAAGUCAAUUUUCCCGCCUCCCAAGAACAUAAUCAGAGCUCUCUCGAAAGUUUGCAAAACUGAAAACGGAGACAUUGAUAAGAGUCUGCUAUUUGCCCUGGGAUAUCGAAGUACUUCCAUCGACUUUAAAACUCUACUGUCCAAUCCGAAGGUGGACGAAAUGAUCAAAGGUCUGUGGAAUUUUAGUGAAGCAAGCAGACAGAUAAUCACAACAGGCUUUGUCUUCAACCUCGACAAGUUUAUUACUUCACUUGAAUCACUAGACACAAUAGACCAACUUUUCAACAAGCAUAACGUGAUUUUGAUAGUAGAUACGAAGAAAUUGGAGAGGAAGUUCGAAGGAAUGUCUGACAAACUUGUGUUGGAAAUAAAACCCUGGUUGGCUGUUCAAGCCACAGCAUACCUAGACGAAUUUACAAAGAGGCUGAUUCCUUGUGGAGAAGCACAUAAAGCAUUCUACGUUGUCACUGAAGUAACCUGUGGUGAAACCGGUCUUCUACAUCGAUUCACGGCUUACGUUUGCAUUCUCGGUAUAAAUGUCUUCUGUCAAGCCCUCUUUGCCCUAAUAUUCCUCCUUCUUAACUCGUCCAAAACCAGGAGGGGAUGA